CGCAGCGUUGAGAUUGAUUCACCUUAACCUGUGCAGAGCCCCAGCUUCCUCCAAGGAGGAAGCCAGGCAAGCAGUGAAACAUGAACGGAAGAGUGGAUCAUUUGGUCACUGAGGAAGAGAUCAGUCUUACCCGAGGCCCUUCAGGGCUGGGCUUCAACAUCGUCGGUGGGACAGAUCAGCAGUAUGUCUCCAACGACAGUGGCAUCUACGUCAGCCGCAUCAAAGAGAACGGGGCUGCGGCCCUGGAUGGGCGGCUCCAGGAGGGUGAUAAGAUCCUCUCGGUAAAUGGUCAAGACCUAAAGAACCUGCUGCACCAGGAUGCUGUAGACCUCUUUCGUAAUGCAGGCUAUGCUGUUUCCCUGAGAGUGCAGCACAGGUUACAGGUGCAGAAUGGACCUAUAGGACAUCGAAGUGAAGGAGAACCAAGUGGUAUUCCUAUAGCUACGGUGCUUGUGCCAGUGUUUGCCCUCACCAUGGUGGCAGCCUGGGCCUUCAUGAGAUACCGGCAACAACUUUGAAAAGCUUGUUUCUACCCGUCCUCCCAGUGAAGACAAAUUUCCUCACCCUCCUUCCCUGCCAUUCUCCCAUAUCUUUUCCUCUCUCUGUGUAGCCAACACGUGAUUUAAAGUGACUGAUACCCAUCUUGUUAUUCAGUCUCCAAAUCUUCAUAUUCUAAUGGGAGAGUAAAAGUAUUGUUUGAAGGAAAGCUGAAGAAAAGACUUACUUAGAACAAAUGAGGAGUUAUAUAUUUUACUAGGACUGCCAAUGGAAAUUCAGCUACCACCCAAAGAGGGAAAGGUCCAGUCUUCCUGUCACCAUGGGUGAUACUUUUUUCUUAGCUGGCAUGCCUUAAAGACCAGCUGUGUGAUAUGAGAGGAAGAGAGGAUUUUUCUUUUUAAUGACCUUCCUUGGGAAGUUUUUGUGGCCUUAUUUAAUUUCUAACUACAUACCUAGGUGCCUAUAUUGGACAAAGGACAAUGAGAAGAGCAUUUUUACUUUUUUUAAAAAGCAAAUACACAUACACACAUACAUAUGCAUAUAAAAUAGUAUAUUGGUGAUGCCUUAUAGAGAAUUAAAGAGGUGAAAGAGCUACUCUGUGGUUUCUAGGUUUCUGAUCUAAGGGAUGAUCUUAACUGAAGAAUUUGAAGAGGUGAUUAUGGAGCAUAUAUAAUAGGAACAAGGGAGUGAGCCUUAAAAGAACAUGUUCUAUCUGAAUCAUUAAAAAAA